CUCCCAAACAUCUUCCCAUCCAAAUAACCCAAUUUUUUUCCAAAACCCUAAUGAACAAACCUGAAAACCCAAAAAGGGUUGAAGAAGUGAAAGCAGCACAGGUCCAACAUUCGAUUGAGAUUGAUAUUGUUGAUUGCUUCACUCAUUCUGCUUGACAAUGUAGAGAACAACAUGAAUUGACACAGAUCUUAGUAAGAUUGAGAUAGCAAGGAUCUGUAAUGCAUAUGCACUCACGAGUAUGGAGGAAAAGUGGACCACAAAAAGUGACUUUAUCAUCUUCUUCUUCCCCUUUUUCUCUGCAACUUGAGGGGAUGGGCGUGGCCGGCCAAUUGCUCUAACAUCUAUCUUCCCCUCUUAAUCACAGAUUCACAGUACUAUUUCAAUCCUCACCUUCGUUACUUAAACCGAUCUCCAACCAAAUCACAAAACUCACCUCUCUUCAUCUUCCUUAAUUUUACUCACAAUGCCUCCAGAUCAUCCACUGCAAUCCACAACUGAAUCAAGCAUUCAUGUUCCCGAAUCUAUUUCUCGCUACCACAUACACAACAAACUGAUUGAAUCAAACCAGAUCUCCUCCACCGUAAUCCAAGAAAUCGCAGCUCCAAUUUCCACCGUCUGGUCAAUCGUUCGCCGAUUCGACAAUCCACAAUCCUACAAACAUUUCAUUAAAACCUGUCAAGUUAUAAACGGCGAUGGCCGCGUCGGAACCGUACGCGAGAUUAGCGUGAUCUCUGGACUUCCUGCCGCGAACAGCAAAGAAAGACUCGAGAUCCUUGACGAUGAGAGUCACGUAAUCAGCUUCAGCGUCGUUGGCGGCGAUCAUCGUCUUUCGAACUAUCGAUCCGUUACAUCUCUGCAUCCAAACUCGGACGGUACUGUUGUGGUGGAAUCGUAUGUGGUGGAUACGCCGGCCGGUAAUACGAAAGAAGAUACGUGUGCGUUUGUUGACAUGAUUGUGAGAUGUAAUCUUCAAUCGUUGGCUCAGAUUGCACAAAACUUGGCCGGACGGGAACUCGUUUCUUCUUCUUGCCGAUAACUUUUCUGGGUGGUUAUGGCCAGUAACGGAUUCAGUUAAGUUAGUUUUACGGGGAAGUGUGUGUGUGUGUGUGUGGAUAUUACCAUAUCACCAUUUAUAAGCAGUAAAAUAAAUCACAUUUUAUAUAAUAUUUUAAUAAACUACAUUGGGCCACGAAUAUUAUAUGUGGACCUUCCCUCAUGUAUGGAUUAGAGGGCUUCAAUUUGAUAAUGGUUUAUUUAUAAUAACAAAUUUUAUUUGUGAUA